CUCUCAUUGCGCUUUAUUCAGUUGAAAUUCGAUACUUUGCUGUUGUUGCAGAGAACAAGGACCUAUGUUUCCAAGAGAGAGAAACUGAAACAUAAGUUGAAAAAACCUCUCUUUAUUUCUUUCUUUGCCCUGUCACAAUGUCUUGUUCUACUUCACAAUCUCACCAUUAUUAAAUUCAACACUUUAAAGGGCUUCUCUUCCCUCACUUUCUUCUAACUUGUUUCAUUAUUUCCUUACUUAGGACUUUGUCUUUAAUCACACAACAACUUAUGAGACCACCUUGUUCUUGUUUUUCUCUUCUCAAAAAACAAAGCAAAAAGUGUUGAAUUUGGUUUCUUCAAUUACCAAGUACUACUAUUUUGUUGAUAACACUGAGAAAGAAAGAAAGAAAAAAAAAAAAAAAAAAGCAUUCUUGAGGAGGUGUAUGAAGUAAAACUAAAAGAGAUUCACAAUGAGAGAUGAGAAUACCAAGAAAAGCAAGCUCUCAUGGUCAAAGAAAAUGGUCAGAAAAUUCUUCAAUAUCAAAUGCAAAACUGAAGACACUACUCAACAAAGGGACGGUUUUGCUUCUGGAGGAGGUGGCUUGGAAUACAGAAGCAGGAGUAGUUUGUCUGAGAGAGAGCCAAGCACAAUCAAAAAGAGCAAAACAGAGAAAUUUAGCAGGAACUCGAGUCAGGUUAGGCGAGCGAGGAUGAACCUUGACCAUCCUAGAAUUAUAGAUGUCCAUAACUAUAGCAUUUUUGUUGGUACAUGGAAUGUGGCCGGAAGAUCCCCGCCGAGUAAUUUGAGCAUAAACGAUUGGCUUCACGCCUCACCGCCUGCAGAUAUUUAUGUUCUUGGAUUUCAAGAGAUAGUUCCCUUGAAUGCUGGUAAUAUCUUAGGGGCAGAAGAUAAUGGCCCUGCCAAAAAAUGGCUAGCUCUCAUUGGAAAUGCUUUAAACAGUCUUCCCGGUACUAGUGGAGGUAAUGGAUACUACACACCUUCUCCUAUACCUCAGCCAGUGGUAGAAUUGAAUGCCGAUUUUGAAGGAUCAGCUAGGCAGAAGAAUUCAUCAUUCUUCCAUCGGCGAUCCUUCCAAACAACUUCUAGCAGCUGGGGAAUGGACAAUGAUCCUUCAACCGUGCAACCACGACUAGACCGAAGAUUCAGCGUCUGUGAUCGGGUGAUUUUUGGCAACAGGAAAAGUGACUUUGAUCCUAGUUUAAGAUGGGGUUAUAGGCCUAGUGACUAUUCAAGGGCAAGUGACUCUCGACCGAGUGACUAUUAUACAAGGCCAAGUGACUCUCGACCGAGUGACUAUUAUUCAAGGGCAAGUGACUACUCUCGACCGAGUGACUAUUAUUCAAGGGCAAGCGACUACUCUCGACCAAGUGACUAUUCAAGAUGGGGUUCAUCUGAAGAUGACAAUGGCCUCGAAGAUUCUCCGAGUACAGUCCUGUUUUCACCAAUGUCUUAUGGAGGACCUGCUGCAUCGGGUGAAGAUGGAUACAGCAUGCCGGGGCGCUCAAGGUACAGCCUUGUUGCAAGUAAACAAAUGGUUGGAAUCUUUCUUACCGUUUGGGUGAGAGGUGAAUUGAAGGAUCAUGUUAAAAACAUGAAAGUAUCGUGUGUUGGUAGAGGAUUGAUGGGUUAUCUCGGAAAUAAGGGAUCCAUCUCAAUUAGCAUGUCUCUGCAUGAAACAAGCUUCUGCUUUAUUUGUAGCCAUUUAACCUCAGGACAGAAAGAAGGUGAUGAACUAAGAAGAAACUCUGAUGUAUUGGAGAUUCUUAAAAAGACAAGGUUUCCACGUGUUCAUGGUUCUGACAGUGUGAAGUCUCCGGAGACAAUCCUUGAGCAUGAUCGAAUUAUAUGGCUUGGAGAUUUAAAUUAUCGAAUAGCCCUCAACUACCGUUCUGCGAAGGCGCUUAUUGAGAUGCAAAACUGGAGAGCAUUGUUAGAGAAUGACCAGUUGAGAAUAGAGCAAAAGCGAGGCCGUGCAUUUGCAGGAUGGAAAGAAGGGAAGAUUUAUUUCCCUCCAACAUAUAAGUAUUCAACCAAUUCAGAUAGGUAUGCUGGAGAUGAUAUGCAUCCAAAGGAGAAAAGGCGAACACCUGCUUGGUGUGACCGUAUUUUGUGGCAUGGAGAAGGUCUACGUCAAAUAUCUUACGUACGCGGAGAAUCGAGAUUUUCAGACCACAGACCGGUUUAUGGCUUAUUUUGGGCCGAGGUUGAGUCAAACCAUGGAAAAUUGAAGAAAAGUAUGAGCUGUUCUCGUUCCAGAAUCCAAGUGGAGGAACUUUUACCAUAUUCUCACGGAUACACUGAGCUAAACUUUUUCUAAGGGCAGGAGGACUAAUUGUGAGAUAUGUGCAGCCGUGUUCAACAAGCGGGAGUACCUUUGAAGUUUGAUGAAAGAGACAAAGCAUUUCCCAAAUACCAAGAAAGGUGCUAAUAUGUAAUUUCACUUAACACUCAUGCCUUACCCAACAACAACACAUGAUCAGUAGAUUCCAUCAAACAUCAUAAUCAUAAUCAUGUUGUUGUGUUAGCUAACUCAUGCCAGCUUCACUUUGUUCAUAAUUUGAUACCUUAUUAACAAACACUCAACUUUCUAUUGUCUCAAUGCUCCGUACCAUAUCCUGCACAAUCAUUAUUAGCCAGGAGUGGUAAAGAAGACAUUAUUUAAUUCAUGAUUCUUUAAUUAUUUUUGGAGAAACAUUGUCAAAAUCAUCAUAUGGAGGCGUGUACUACUAGCUUUUACUGUUUUUUUGUUUUUAGUUUCUAAUGUUGAAAAUUUUGAUGUAUACUGAUUAUUGUACAAAUUAAAGAAAAAGAAAGAAAUUUAUAGUUAAUUAAUUAAUUGAUUAAUGAUAGAAUUCCAGAGCCUGGCUCACACUGCAUA